GGGUCUUGUUACUCGCUACGUACUCCGUUACCAAACUGUUCAGGUCAUAGACACUUCAGCGCCAGCUGAGGAGCCCUCAAUCGUCCCUCCCGCUUCCCCACCCUCCUCCAUCGCUCGUUCUUCCUCCGCUUUACACUCCUACCGCCCGUCUCUGUCCCUAGUCUGCUACCCUCUUACCUCAGCUUCCGACUCUUUCGAGUAACCAAGCAAGGAAACAAGGCAACUACCGUCCCGGCACUGGUCCGCACUCAAGCGCACCAACUUUGGUUUGCUAGUUGGUGCUUCGACUAUUGUUAGGCAACUCUCUCUCGCUGCUCCCUUUGCUCCGGCUUUCUCCCUGCAGAUUGUCACGAGCAAAGGGUGAUACCCAAAUACAUUCCCAAUGUCGAGCCGACGAUCAAUCAAUAUUACUGUGAAUAACCCAGGUGCUGCGUAUUCCUCAACCACAUCAUCGAGCGGAUACGACUCAUCACAGUACAAUUACCGGCACGGUUACGACGACUCGGUAGUCGAUGACGAGGACGACGAGGAGGUGACCGACGACGAGUCCACCGAAGACGACCAUUGGGAUGAACACUACGACGAAAUAGAUCCUUCGGAUUCUGCCUCGGCAACCGCAGAGUACUAUCCUCAUCCUCAUCACGGGCAUCCACCAUUGCCUCCUCAAUCUCCUCACUCCCGCUCUCACAGUACCCACGGCGCCCGGAGUCCCCGGCUGCUAGAACGCAGCGAAUCUGCGUCGCGCCGGCAUCUAGUUCCCGCAGGAAGACAGUCUUACUCUUACCGCUCCCCGACGGCUCCUCCCCCCAUGGAGUCGGAAUACGGGGACGAGUUUGGAGGAUAUGGUGGGCGCGGCCAUGGACACCACUCACAACCCGGCUACUAUGGCCGUGGCGCGGGACACAGCGCCUACGCUCCCAGCCAUGCUGGAUACGUGCCCAGCCAUUACGGAAACCAGAUGGUGCCAUACGACUACAAUAACCCAUUCUCUCCCUCUCCCAUGAACGACACCCUCACCAGAACCAGACGCGGUGGUGGCGGCGACGACUACUUCGGCGGCCACGACCCGCGUGGCCAUAAUCCGCGCGGCCACCACUACGACAUGAUGCCCUACGGAGGAGGAGGAGGACCAGGCGCCGCCGCCGGCGCUCUCGGUUACUACGGUGCCGGAGGCGGCUUCGGCGCCCCCGGGCCCAGCCACAUGGCCGGACUAAUGUUCCAACCCCCUCCACCACCGCCCACCGAACACCCGGGCAAGUCGCCAACUCCCGCGCCAGAGAAGAAGCUCGAUCCAGAGAUGGAAGCUCUCAAGAAGCAACUGGAAGAGUUCCAACUGGAAAAGAAGCGCAAAGAAGAAGAGGAAAAGAAUCGCGAGAUCGAGCGCAAGAUCCGCGAAAAAGCCGAGGAGGAGCUGCGCAAAAAGCAGGAAGAGGACCGCAAGCGCGCCGAAGAGGAGAAGAAGCGCCAAGCGGAGCAGAACGCCGAGAUGGAGCGGGCUGUCAAGGAGGCGCAGCGAGCGGCGGAGGAGAAGGCCGCUCAGGCGCGCAAAGAAGAGGAAGAGAGGCAGAGGAAACACGCCGAAGCGCUGGCCGAGGCUCAGAGGAAGGCAAGAGCUGAGUUCGAGGCUGAGUUGAAGGCUGCUGAGGAGCGGCGCAAGCGCGAGGAGGAGCAGGCUAAGAUCGCUGCUGAGCUUGAGAAGCAGAGGAUCGAAGCGGCUGUGAGGGCGAAGGAGGAAGAGCUCAAGAAGAAGCAUGCCGAGGAAGAGCUGCAGCGGAUUGCGGCCGAGAAGAAGGCGGCCGAGGAGGCCGCGGAGAGGAAACGGCUGGAAGAUGAAGCCAAAGCGAGGCUGGACCGGGCGCUUAAGGAGACCGAGGAAAAGAUCGCUGCCGCCAUCCGGGCCGACCGGGAAAAGGCCGCCGAGGAGGCGGCCAAGAAGGCGGCCGAAGAAGCCGAGAAGGCGCGCAAGCAGAAGGAGUUCGAGGAGUGGCAGAAGCACCUCGAGGCCGAGGCCAAGCUGAAGGCCGAGAUCGAAGCCCGCGAGCGGAUGGAAAAAGAAAGAGCGGAAGCCGCGAAAGCCGCGGCCGCCGAGGAGGAGCGCAAGAAGGCGGAGGAGGCACUGCGUAAGCGGCUCCUGGACGAGGCCGAGAACAAGGCCCGGGAAGCUGCCGAGAAGGCCAAGGCCGCCGAGGAGGAGAAGAAGGCUGCCGAGGAGGCGCUCAAGAAGAAGAUCCUGGCCGAGGAGGAGGCCAAGAGGCAGAAGGAGGAGGAGGCUGAACAGAAGAAAGAUAAGGCCCCUAUCAGAUUUAAGGACGCUGUAGGCCGCAAGUUCAGCUUCCCCUUCCGUCUGUGCCAGACGUGGCAGGGCAUGGAAGAGCUCAUCAAACAAGCCUUCCUCCACGUCGACGUCAUCGGCCCCCACGUCCAAGAAGGUCACUACGACCUGAUCGGCCCCGACGGCGAGGUCAUCCUCCCCUCCGUCUGGGAGCGCGUCAUCGAGCCCGACUGGCAAAUCACCAUGCAAAUGUGGCCCAUGGACAAAGCGCCCCUCCGCAACCAGAUGCCCCCCGGUGGUCUACCCCCGGGCUUCGGCGCCGGUGCCCACGCAGGUGGCCUCGGAGGAGGUCACGGCAGUCUCGGUGGUCUUCCCGGCCAAGGCCGUUCCAUGUUCCCCGGCGCUCCACCCGCUUCUCGUCUACCCCCCGGCAUCUCGGACGCUCACGGGCACAGAAUGGCGCAUGACAUGUUCCCUCCCGGCCAGCCGGUCCGUCCGCCUAUGGGAAUGCCUCCUCCUGGUAUGGGUCUUGGUGGUGGUGGUGGUGGUGGUAUCCCGCCUCCGCCUCCGCCUGGUUGGCCCGGUAGUGGGAGUAGACACGCUGCGCCGCCGCCCAGACCGGCGGCGAUUGUGGUCGAUGUCGAGCCGGAGGUUAGGCAACAUAAGAGCAAGCACUCGUCGAGCCAUAGCAGGAAGGAGACGAAGGCGACGGUGCUUGGGUGGAUGGCGGGCGGGAAGCCGGUGAAGAGUAGUAGUAAGAAGUAUGUCCUUGUUAGGAAGAAGCACUAAACGAGUCACUUGGGAGAAGACGCCGCCAAAUUCAUCGACG